AUGCAGCGCGGAGCGGGGCGGCAGCCGGGCUCUGCAGGAAGGGGUCCGGCACGGCGGCGGGCGGCCUGCGGCGGCGGCCGAAGCGGGGCCGGGGAAGAGCGCGCGCUUACGGACAACGAGGAGGCGGGGGCCGGGCAGGCGACAGCCUCGGGGUCGCGGGCAGCGCCGCCGCCCAGCGCUCCCCAGCACCAGCGGGUAGCAGAGGACGAUGAUACCGAAUCACGACCGGAAGAAGAGAAGGAAGAAUUGAAAUGCUAUUCAAGAAGAAAGUUAUUUUCCAACUGGAACCGCUAUGAAGAUACAGAAAAAGAGGAACAGAAUGAACAUGGGGAGUCACAGAGAGGGACGGACUUCAGUGUUUUGCUUAGCUCAGCAGGAGAUUCCUUUACACAGUUUCGAUUUGCUGAUGAGAAAGAAUGGGAUAAAGAAAGCAUAAGCCAUAAGCAGUUCUCUGCACUUUCUGUUGACUGCCAGUCUUUGGUCCAGGCCCUUCAGGAAUUGCCUCUACAUCUGAAAUUGAAUGUAGCUGCUGACCUUGUACAGGCGUCAACACCUGUAGAGCUCCCACAGAUGAAAUCUAAAAUUUUUGAAGAUGUCAAGAGAAGAGAUCAGCUGUUCCGACAGUCUCCAGCUCAAAGUGACACCGUAUUGGUCUCCCCUCCUGUUGGUAAUUCUGUUGCUACAUCAGAGCCUGGAAGUGAAAACGGCUCUAAGGCAAAUGCAAGAGAACCAUUUCAGAGAAUCCACCCACUAUCAAAGCAAGAGACUGACCAUUUGGAUGAAGAACUGGAUCUUCUCCUGAAUCUAGAGGCUCCCAUGAGUACAGGAAACAGACCUGUGUCAGACACAUUAUCCUACAACAUAUCAACUGAGAAAGAUUUGAAAAUGGAAUGUAAGGAAAGUGACCCUUUGAAAGUAGAUAUGCCUGAAGAGAAGAGUACAUCAUCACAGCAACAGCAAAGUACAUCUAAAGAUGUUACUGAGGAAGAGCUUGAAGAUUGGCUGGACAGCAUGAUCUCCUGAAGCUCAAAUUUCCUCAUGUGAAUAAUUGAAUAUAGCAAACAUUACAUAAAAAGUUGAACUUCUCUUUAUCUUUUUAUUUCCUUUCUCUGUUUCACCUUGUUCAGUGUACCAGUAUGCUGGCUCCUAAAAUUUUGUGCAACCAAAAUUAAUUUAGGUGGGAUUGAAAAUUGUCGAAGACUAAUAACAUUAUUAGAAAGGUCUAAAAUUUGUGAUGAAAUUGGAAUUUUCUUUGCUAAAGAAGCAGGCUAAGAGAACAGUUAUUGCAGCUUGUACUUGCUCUAUGUAGUCCUUAAAAUAAAGCCAUGACUGAACAGUGAAUACAUGUGUUUUUAGUCACCAUUCUCACACAACUCCAUAUUGUAGAAAAAUGGCAAAGAUGACAGCAACGGUAAUAUUUGGUUUAUAAUACUUUAUUGCAGUGGGCACUUUUAUUAGAAGAAAAAAGAAUGCAUAAUCCUAACAACUUCUACUUGCAGGUGACUGUAGAGCAUUGUUUUAUUUUGGCCUAAGAUUUAAACUGUGUUCAUUUUGAUACAGUGUUAUGUCUUUUAACAGCAGCAUCUAAUAAGCUGUUAUUGAAGGUAGUAUAUUAACUAACUUCAAGUGUAAUUUGAUACAGAAAGACAGAAAAGCAAUACAGUUAAUGGGUUUGUUCAUCUAGAACAUUAACAUAAAUAAAAAGUUUGCAUAGCUAUGUCUACAGAGGUUUUAAGGCACUUUAAUGUUUCAAGGUUGACAAAAUGUUUGAAAAUGAUUUCUUUUUAACUGCUUAAAGCUUUUCAAACUGUAUCUUAAUACAUUCACUAGCAAAUACUGUGGGGAAAAACUGGACAGCAGUUAGCUGAACUAUUUUUUCUGAGGCAUGGCCUCUGAUGUUCAAGUUCUUCAAUGUCAAAUGUGCAAUUAAGAUGCCUUUUAGCCCUUUCAACUUACUGCCAAACACCAGGUUAAUGAUGUGGUUAAAAAGUUGUUAUAAUUUUAGGACAUGUUUGAACUGGAAGGCUUAAGUUAAUCAGGCAUAGUUUUCUCUUUUCUAAUUAAAAUUCCAACAAAAGACCUGUUUCACAUGUGGUAGGUACAAAAAGCCUCUGAAAUAGUGUCAAAUUUUAUGUGUGUCUUGAAGGUUAAAGACAUUUAAAGCAAAUACAAGCUGUGAAAUUGCACCAUGAAAAGAAUAGAUUUCUUUUUUUUUAUCUUAAUAGUUCAUGAAUAAAUAAUUUUUUUGUGAUAUUAGCCAAGUUGAUCCUCAUACUGUUUUCGAAAGCAGUCCCCUGCUGGGAAAAAAUCCCAACAUCUUUCUUGGUACAUCUUCCACACAAAUGACUCCUGAAAAUGAGAAAGUAUUUAUUUUAACAGUCAGCAUACAGUUAGUGCCAUAGAAAAAUUUUUAAAUUUUUAAAAAUAACCACAUACUGUGCCUAUUUCCAUGGAAUAGAACUGUAAAGGCACUGGAACUCUGAAGAUCAUAACUGAAGAAUGUUUGUAAAAGUUUUAUCUGCACUUUUCCUGAUUCAGUACUACUGAAAUUUAAAUCUAUUAGUAAAAUACGUAAGUGUAAAUUAAUCAGUCCAGUUAGAACAAACCUAUUCACAAUCUGUAUAUAUAAAAUGUGUUUUGCAUUGAUUGGAAAACAAAGGUACUUUUGUACUCUAUGCCUAACAACUUCUUAUUAGAAAUAAGAUAUAAUUAAAUCCUAUUUAUUUUCUUAUAUAUUUACAUUUAGACUUAACAAUGCUAAACAUACAGACAUCCAUAUACCUAUCUAUCUACACAUAUGUAUGGAUUUUUGCUAUAGAAAUAGUACCUUAACUGCCUAAAUCUUUUGGGAAUAAACUGUAACUGGUACAUUUGAGGUUUUCGUUUCAAAGAUGACAGUAACAUUACUAGUACCUGAAUUCUGACAGCGUUCACUGCUCAGUAAAAUAGCACACUGCAGCGCCCCACCCCCCUCUGGUUUUGUUUUAACCCUUCUUUUCUUUCACUGGCAGUAGGCCUUUUGAGGGUGGCAUCAUCCACACUCCUCAGUGGUACAUCAGUUCCACCUGGUGGUACACAGCUACAGGGCUCAAGAAGAUAAAAAUGUUUAAAGAUAAGAAAAACCAUUAAGUUUUAUUUUCUACUCACCUGGCCAGUAUGCUCAGUUUCAUCCUUGUUAAUUAGAUACAUUAAGAAGAACCUGAAACAAGCACAUGAAGCAGGUAUUAAUGCAGGAAACAUAACAUCUCUGCCUGACCUUUUGUAGCCUGGGGUGUGUGAGGAAGCUUGCCUCACGCUAUAAGCAGUGACACUGCUAGACAUGUAAAGUGCCUUUAAGGCACUUUUAAGGGAUAAAAUUAUGUCCUGAAGCAUAUCUCCUGUGGAAGUGCUAACAGAUAAAAAAUCUGUAGAAGUAGAAAAAUAUGGCUUAGCAUCUUAUUCAUUUCAGUGUGAGGAGCAAUACCUGAAUUAGGCAUAUGCCAAAUCCUAUGCACGUAUGCUCCAACAUCUCACCUUGGAAAAGGUUACAAUGGCUACUAUGUGAGAAAUGUGGUAAAUACUGAGCUACACCAGGAAUUCCAAACAUUUGUGCCAUACAGCUCGUAAGCUGAGCCUCUCCUUCUCCAACACCUAUGCUCUGUCAGACGUUGAAAGCUUGAACUAUUUAAGGAGGACUGUAGAGCACUAACUAAGGUCUGUUUACAGGUAACACAGCUCUUGGUUGGACAGUUUGGAUGCAGUGCAUUUGGAAUUAGAUUUAGUACGUGCUUUUGUUGUGAGGAAAGGAAAGUACACUGACUUUAACAGUUGUCUAAUUAAAGGGCAACCUGGGUAAAAAGAUCGUUCACUAUGUAUUCUAAUAUUAAGGAAAUGGCCGCUUUUAAUUUACUGUGAAUUAGAGGUUCCCAUGUACCAGUUAAGCAGUUCAAUAUAGUAAGAAAAGCUUGGUGGUUGUAGACUGUAAAACCAUGGAUGUUAAUGGAAAUUUACAUCAUGUAAGGCAAUUGAUUUUGCCAAUGUCAGUUGCUGUGCAAAGAAUAAGGCAGCCUCCACUCCAAGAGCCACACUUUCUUUUUUUUUUUAAUUUAAAAAGUUCAGAUGCAGUGUUGCAAAGUCGGUCUGCUGUAAGAGUCCACCGGCUCAGUUCCUUUGGUUUUGUUGGCACAAUGCUCAUGUAAUUAUCUUCGUUGUAUUAGUAACUAAUACCACCAAAUUAACUUUUUAAAUAUCCUCUUUGGUCUGCUCUGUAUUUGCUAAUGAAAGUGGAAAAGCACUGUCUUGGUAGUCUGGGCAAUAGCCUAAACAUUUACAACUCCUGAUUGCUUCAAAGUUUGAAGAGCUUCACUGUCACUAAAGAACUAUGAUCAGAGUUAUUUAUUUACUGGCGGUUAUCUUUCAAUAACCUUCAAAAAAUGCCUUUUUUUGCUUUGUUUUGGUUUGGGGGUUUUUUUUGGCCAAAUCAAGGCCAAUUUUCAAUGGUCUCAUCAGCGUUACCAAGCCCCCAGAAGGCACAACCAAAACUUCCAGACUAAAGCAACUCAUUAAACUGUUGUCCCCCAUCUUUCCACAUAUCUGGGUUUCCUUUCAGCAGAAUAAGAAGUUGGUCUGCCUUCCAGUCUCAUUCUACUAAGGUAACUUGUGUGUAAGGUAAGCACUUCAAAGAUCACCAGCAGUGUGGAGUAGAGGAGGGGAGACCAGAAAGGACAGGAGAUAUUCCUCAGUUCUACGGAAUUCUGUCUUGGAACUUUCAGCAAUGUGUGCACCUAAAUUACUCUAGACCUGAAAAAUUUUACUACAAUUCCAGCUGUAAAAUGUACUUACAGAUAGUUCGCCAAGUUGUGUUCUUGCAAAGUAUGUGUUUCAAAGCCGUGGGGGGUUGUGUCAAAAUAGUCAUUGCCGAUUCCACAAAUAAAACAUUUGGUCUGAAAACACAA